CUUUCCCGUCUUUACACCUUAAAGAACACUUUGGCUGCAAAGGGGCCCUUUUUUUUUCCUUCCUUCCUUCUGCUUCUUUCCUCUCCCCACCCUCCUUCUCCUCCUCUUCCACCCAUCGCCAUCGCCAUUGCCUUCCCGCAAUCCCCUCCCCUCUCUUUCUCUCUUUCUCUCUUUUCUGUCCUCUGCAUCUCCAUCCCAUCCCAUCCCCAUCCCAUCGCCUUGACCCCUCCCCUGAUCCCUCUCAUCCGAUCCACAGCUAUGUUCCGUCUCUCGACCGUGGUUGCAUCCAGGGCCGCCCUGGCCUCGGCCACCCGUCGCUCCCUGCCAGCGUUUGCCACCGCUGCCCGCCACUAUGCCGUUGGCAAGACAGCCAUCUCUGCGGAGAAUGACGUCGUCGGAAAGAUCAAUGCCAAGCGUCAGGAAUCGCUCUUGGGUGGUGGUCUGAAGAGAAUCGAGACUCAGCACAAGAAGGGCAAACUGACUGCUCGCGAGCGCAUUGAGCUCCUCGUGGAUCCUGGUUCAUUCCGCGAGUACGAUGCCUUUGUGGAGCACAACUGUGUUGAUUUUGGCAUGGAGAAGCAAAAGAUUACGGGAGAUGGUGUUGUUACUGGUCACGGAACCGUCAACGGCCGCCGUAUCUUCCUGUUCUCGCAGGACUUUACUGCCUUUGGUGGAUCCCUCUCCAACACUCAUGCGCAAAAGAUCUGCAAGAUCAUGGACAAGGCCUUGCUUGUCGGUGCCCCCGUCAUUGGUCUGAACGACUCUGGCGGAGCCCGUAUUCAGGAGGGAGUCGAGUCCUUGGCUGGUUAUGCUGAUAUUUUCUUGAAAAAUGUCAUGUCCUCGGGAGUGGUUCCCCAGAUCUCGCUGAUCAUGGGUCCUUGUGCUGGAGGCGCUGUGUACUCGCCCGCGUUGACGGAUUUCACGUUCAUGGUCCGCGACACGUCGUACCUGUUUGUUACUGGACCUGAAGUUGUCAAGACUGUGACGAAGGAGGAGGUUACCCAGGAGGAGCUCGGCGGUGCCAAGGCCCACACUGUCAAGUCCGGAGUCGCCCACGCUGCCUUUGAGAACGAUGUCGAGGCUUUGCAGCGCCUUCGUGACUUUAUCGACUUUUUGCCGUUGUCGAACCGGGAGCCGGCUCCUGUGCGCUACACGGACGAUCCCUCGGACCGCGAGGACGCGUCGUUGAACCACAUUGUGCCCGUGGACUCAACCAAGGCCUACGAUAUCAAGGACGUGAUCACGCGUCUGGCGGACGACUCCCAGUUCUUUGAGAUCAUGCCCGACUAUGCCAAGAACAUUGUGAUUGGUUUCGCCAGAAUGGGUGGCAAGACCGUGUCGAUUAUUGCGAACCAGCCUUUGGUGUCGUCCGGAGUGCUCGAUAUCAACUCGUCGGUCAAGGCGGCGCGCUUUGUGCGGUUUGCAGAUGCGUUCAACAUUCCUAUUUUGACGCUUGUGGACGUGCCUGGAUUCUUGCCCGGAACGGCUCAGGAACACAAUGGAAUUAUUCGUCACGGAGCCAAGUUGUUGUACGCGUAUGCGGAGGCGACAGUGCCGAAGGUGACGGUGAUUACGCGCAAGGCAUACGGAGGUGCCUAUGAUGUGAUGAGCUCGAAACACCUUCGCGGCGAUCUUAACUAUGCCUGGCCCACCGCUGAGAUUGCUGUCAUGGGUGCGAAGGGAGCCGUUGAGAUUAUUUUCCGAUCGAGCGCAGACCGAGCAUCGGCGGAGAAGGACUAUAUCAGCAAGUUUGCGAACCCAUUGCCGGCAGCGCAGCGCGGAUAUAUCGAUGAUGUGAUUGAGCCGUCGUCGACCCGUCGUAGGAUCAUUGAGGACCUUGAGAUGUUGCGUCACAAGAAGCUCAAGAACCCCAAGCGCAAGCAUGGCAACAUUCCUUUGUAAAGACAUGAAAAAAAAGGGUAGAGACAGUGUUUGGAGGAGGAGACAAACAAACAAAGGAAUUCUUCGUUAUACAGUUUAUUUUGCUUUAGAAAGACCGGUUGAAGUUGACUUUUUUCUUUAUUUCAAAACAAGAGAGAUCUACAAAUAAACAAUGGGUUAUGCAACAC